AUAACUCCCUCUUAAAUAUAGCCAAUGAACUGGCCUCAACUAACUUCCGUGGUAGAGAAUUCCACAGAUUCACCACUCUCUGUGAAAAAUGUUUUUCUCACCUCGGUCCUAAAAGAUUUCCCCCUUAUCCUUAAACUGUGACUCCUUGUUCUGGACCUCCCCAACAUCGGGAACAAUCUUUGUGCAUCUAGCCUGUCCAACCCCUUAAGAAUUUUGUAAGUUUCUAUAAGAUCCCCCCCUCAAUCUUCUAAAUUCUAGCGAGUACAAACCGAGUCUAUCCAGUCUUUCUUCAUAUGAAAGUCCUGACAUCUCAGGAAUCAGUCUGGUGAACCUUCUCUGUACUCCCUCUAUGGCAAGAAUGUCCUUCCCAAUCGGCCACCAUCUUGUAUCUGCCCACUGUGGGAGGCUCGAUUGUAAUGAUGUACUGCCUUUCUGGUUAGCUUGCAUCAAAAGCCUUUCACUGUACCUCGGUACGUGUGACAAUAAACAAAACUGAAUGAACUAAACUCAAAUUCAGACUAUUAUGGUUUGUUACAGGUGUGAAAUGUCUACGGAUAAUCCCACUACCAACAAGACUACCGUCUCUAACAGUGAUUAUAUCUGGGGCUAUGAGUAUUAUGACUACGAACCAGUUUCCUUUGAAGGAUUGAAGGCACACAGAUAUUCCAUCGUGAUUGGCUUUUGGGUUGGCCUGGCAGUGUUCAUACUCUUCAUGUUUUUCGUGUUGACCUUGUUGACCAAGACGGGAGCACCACACCAAGACAGAAACAUGGACCUGACGGCAAAGCAACAAAGAGCAAACUAUCUCACGUGCAGAACGGAUAAGGCCUUUUGCCACCCGGCCGCUGAAGAGAACCACUCUCUCGCUCAUUUCUACGGAAGCGAAGUUGGACAUUUGGAAAGACAAUUGAUGGUCAAAACAUCUGAUCCAGGAAAUACUGACCUUGCUGCUCAAGAACAAGGUGGAAGCAGUGAUGGGGUAGAUGAUGCUGUGGACUACCUGAGCCAAUUUGACAUUCCAAACUGCGUCAGCUUAGAUCAAAGCUCCUCGCUGACUGAAGAUGAGCAGCCAAUUAUUCUUGAAAACAUGCCAGGUUCUACAUGAAAUAUCUGACUAGUUCGUUAAAUAACAAAGGAACUGCUCAACUACAGAAAUAAAGUUGUUUAAAAAAUUGUGAAUUGUGCAAAAUGUUGGAAAAAUAAUGUUUGUGUGUAGGCCAGUACUAUUUUGUUACUCUCUUUCACUGUGUAUGUAACACCAGCUGUUCUAACAGGCUACCCAUCAGUAGUCAUUGAUUUAUUUUUUAAUAAUUGCUCCUUCAAGACUCUCCCGGUCUCUCUCAACACAUUUGGGCGGCACAGUGGCGUAGUGGCUGACUUACAGCAGCGGAGACCCGGGUUUGAUCCUGACUAUGGGUGCUGUCUGUACGGAGUUUGUGCGAUCUCCCCUUGACCACAUGGGCUUUCUCCUGGUGCUCCGAUUUCCUCCCACACUCCAAAGACGUACAGAGUUGUAGUUUGAUCGGCUUCGGUAAAGAUCGUAAAUUGUCCCUAACGUGUGUCGGAUAGUGUUAGUACACGGGGAACGCUGGUCAGCGAGGACUCGGCCGGCAGAAGGUCCUGUUUCCACGCUGUAUCUCUAAACUAAACACUUCAACUAAUAUGAAUUACCUUUCAAUCAUUGUUCUCUUGUAUAUUUUAAUAAGUCCUUUCACACAACAUGCUCUGCUCCUCCAUCAUGUUAUGCCCCAUUGAUCUGGACAUCUUCAGUAUGAACUGUGCACUUUCAGCUCUGCCCACGUGCUAUUUCUGAUCAUUUAAGGUUAGUUAAUUUAGUUGUUUAACAGUUUCAUGUGUUUUUAAAUUGUUUAAUGUAAUAUUUAAUAAAUAUUUUUACUACAUUGUAUUAGGUUUUAAUUUUUGUUUCAUACAGGUUGUCAAUUAA